UUACUGUCACUUUUAAAACAAAAAGGUUUAAGAAAACAGUGGUAUAUGAAUUUAAAAAGAAAGAUUAAGACAGUGAGAUGUAGAUAAAGAGAAGGGGUGGAGUUCUCACUUGCUGGUCUAAUCAGGCAUUCUAAAGAAUGUACAUAAAAGGAACCAGAGUUAAGAACUCUGUUCUGUGUCUUGAAUUAACUUGCAUGUUUCAAAGAAUUUGGGAAUAUAGAACAUAUUUGGGACUAAUAUAGUCUGAACUUAGUAUAGUAGUUACUUCUGGUUUAAAAUAGUAUCUCAAUUUCCUUUUCACCUUAAAUAGACUUAAGGAAGAAAUAUAUGUGUUGUUUGCUUGACAUUUUACAUAAAAGAAAUUUAAUAUGUGAAUUAAAUUAUAAUUGUGGAUUUUUAGGAUAUAUCACAUUAAUUAAAACAGUGAAUAAUGUGGUACAUACAUACAAUGGAAUAUAUUUGACCUCAAAAAGGAAGAAAAAUUUUGACACAUGCUACAAUAUAGAUGAAGCUUGAAGACAUUAUGCUAAGUGAAAUAAGCCAGUCACAAAAGAACAAAUAUUGUAUUAUUCCAGUUAUAUAAAGUUUCUAGAGAAGUCAAAUUCAUAGAAACUAGGAUGAUAGUUGCUAGGGUCAGGGGGAAGAGGGGAUGGAAAGGUAUUGUUUGAUGGAUACAGAGUUUCAGUUUGAGAAGAUGAAUAAAAGAAAAAAAUGACAUUAAAUUUUGUCAAGAUAGCAUAUUGAAAAUAUAAUAGAAAAAUAUUUGUUUAUCUGCUAUAAUAUAUUAUGUCAUAGGUGUUAUCUUCAGGAAGGCACACUGGACCUGCUAAAUUAACAAAUGGAAAGAAAGCCAUCUUCAGAUAAUAAGAAACAGAUACCUAAUGAAGCUUCUGCUAGAAGUGAAAGAGACACAUCAGACCUAGGACAAAAUUGGUCAUUGCAAGAUCAUUAUAGAAUGUAUUCACCCAUAAUAUAUCAAGCCCUCUGUGAGCAUGUGCAGACUCAGAUGUCACUGAUGAAUGACUUGACUAAAAAGAACAUCCCUAAUGGAAUUCCUGCUGUACCAUGCCAUGCUCCCUCUCAUUCUGAAUCUCAGGUAACUCCUCAUUCUAGUUAUGGCUUAUAUACCUCCACCCCAGUCUGGUCACCUCAGCGGCCACCCUGCCCUCCAAAGGUUCAUUCUGAAGUUCGAACUGAUGGCGACAGUCAGUUUGCAUCACAAGGUAAAGCGGUUUCUGCAACCUGUACUGAUGUUCUAAGGAAUUCAUUUAAUACCAGCCCUGGAGUUCCAUGUAGCCUGCCCAAAACUGACAUAUCAGCUAUUCCAACAUUGCAGCAACUGGGCCUUGUUAAUGGAAUUCUUCCACAACAAGGAGUUCAUAAGGAAACAGACCUACUAAAAUGUUUUCAAACAUAUUUGUCUCUUUUUCGAUCUCAUGGAAAAGAAACGCAUCUGGACAGUCAGACACACCGAAGCCCUACUCAGUCACAAUCAGCUUUCUUGGCUACUAAUGAAGAAAAAUGUGCCAGAGAGCAAAUUAGAGAGGCCACAAGUGAAAGAAAGGAUUUAAACGUACGUGUGCGAGAUACAAAAACAGUGAAGGAUAUACAGAAGGCAAAAAAUGUGAACGAGACAGCUGAAAAAGUUAGAAUUAUAAAAUAUUUGUUGGGAGAGCUCAAGGCCCUGGUAGCAGAACAAGGGGAUUCAGAAAUUCAGAGGUUGGUUACAGAAAUGGAGGCAUGUAUAUCUGUACUUCCAACAGUAAGUGGAAACACAGAUAUUCAAGUUGAGAUAGCACUGGCCAUGCAACCAUUAAGAAGUGAGAAUGCUCAGUUACGAAGGCAGUUGAGAAUUUUGAACCAGCAACUCAGAGAACAACAGAAAACUCAUAAGCCAUCUGGUGCUGUGGAUUGCAACCUUGAAUUGUUUUCUCUUCAGUCAUUGAAUAUGUCACUGCAAAAUCAAUUGGAGGAGUCACUGAAGAGCCAGGAAUUACUGCAGAGUAAAAAUGAAGAGCUGUUAAAAGUGAUUGAAAAUCAGAAAGAUGAAAACAAAAAAUUUACUAGUAUAUUUAAAGACAAAGAUCAAACUAUACUUGAAAAUAAACAGCAAUACGAUAUUGAGAUAACAAGAAUAAAAAUUGAAUUGGAGGAAGCCCUAGUCAAUGUGAAAAGCUCGCAGUUUAAGUUAGAAACGGCUGAAAAGGAAAACCAGAUAUUGGGGAUAACAUUACGUCAGCGUGAUGCUGAGGUGACUCGACUAAGAGAAUUAACCAGAACUUUACAGACUAGCAUGGCAAAGCUUCUCUCCGAUCUUAGUGUGGACAGUGCUCGCUGCAAGCCUGGGAAUAACCUUACCAAAUCACUCUUGAACAUUCAUGAUAAACAACUUCAACAUGACCCAGCUCCUGCUCACACUUCCAUAAUGAGCUAUCUAAAUAAGUUAGAAACAAAUUACAGUUUUACACAUUCAGAGCCACUUUCUACAAUUAAAAAUGAGGAAACCAUAGAGCCAGACAAACCCUAUGAAAAUGUUCUGUCCUCCAGAGGCCCUCAAAAUAGUAACACUAGGGGCAUGGAGGAAGUAUCUGCACCUGGAAUUAUUUCUGCCCUUUCAAAACAGGAUUCUGAUGAAGGGAGCGAAACUAUGGCUUUAAUAGAAGAUGAGCAUAAUUUGGAUAAUACAAUUUACAUUCCUUUUGCUAGAAGCACUUCUGAAAAGAAAUCACUUUCUAAGAGACUAUCCCCUCAGCCACAAAUAAGAGCAGCUACAACACAGCUAGUCAGCAACAGUGGACUUGCUGUCUCUGGAAAAGAAAAUAAACUGUGUACACCUGUAGUCUGUUCCUCUUCAACAAAGGAAGCAGAAGAUGCACCUGAAAAACUUUCCAGAGCAUCUGAUAUGAAUGACACACAGCUCCUCAAGAAAAUAAAGGAAGCAAUUGGUAAGAUCCCUGCUGCCACCAAGGAGCCAGAGGAACAAACUGCAAGUCAUGGCCCAUCAGGUUGUCUUAGCAACAGCCUUCAAGUGAAAGGCAAUACUGUCUGUGAUGGUAGUGUUUUCACUUCUGACUUGAUGUCUGACUGGAGCAUCUCUUCAUUUUCAACGUUCACAUCUCGUGAUGAACAAGACUUCAGAAAUGGCCUUGCGGCAUUAGAUGCCAACAUAUCUAGACUCCAGAAGUCUUUAAGGACUGGUCUUCUGGAGAAAUGAAUUCAGAAGAAAACCCAUCAGGUGCUUCUUUUUAAAACUAGAACUUGGCUAUAUUGAAUGUGUAUUUCUCUUUAGUGAAGUGAUGUUUUAUAUUAUUAAUUAUGUGUGAAGUAAUACAUUGUGCAAGUAAUAAAUGUAUUGUUGAGAUACAUUGACACUGAGGAGCUUAUAAAAACAAGUCAUCUUCAGAAGUUGACAAUUGCUACAAGAAGAAAGUUGUAGAUAACUAGGAAAUUAUUGUAAGUAAUGUUUUAUUUCAGUACUUAGCAAUUAGAGUUCUUUUAUUAAGAUGUAUCUGCUGGAUUAAGGGUACAGGUUGAAAUAGUUCUGUGGUUGUCCUAAAAGAUAAUGGGAAAAGAAUCUCUGGAUGUAAGUUUUUCUAUUGAAACUAGAGGUUUUUUUUUUUUUCUAUUUCCAUAUACUUUUUUUUUAAUAGCAAUGUGUUUUUAUUAAACAUGCUGUGUGCCACAGGCCAGUGUUGUUGGUGAAAUAUAUAAACAUUUAUUUAAAGAAAAAAGUUACCAGUAUCUACACCUCUUAAAAAACAUUGAUUGGUCUAAAAAAUAUAUAGAUAACAUCCUAAAUUAACAUAUGGCUUCUUAAAACUUGGGCACUUUUAUUUGUUUUUAUCCCAAAUUCAUGUUUUAAGGCCUUUAAAGAAUAGUCAGACUGAUAAAGAACUGCUAACAGAUAAGCUAUAGUUUGGGAAAUUUGUGGGUUUUUUUAAAAUAACAAAUGUUUAGUUUUGUCCUUAUAUUUAAACAUGAUGGAAUUUGUAAAUCUUGGCAUUGAUUGUAAUUCUGCCUUUUUGGAAGAAUUUUUUUUUCCAGCAUGUUAGCUGAGAAUAUUCUCUAUUUUAUAAAUAAUAUGAAGUAGGUUGGUCUCUCUGCUUCUCCAUACCAGGACUUCUUAGCUCAGUAUCAUCUCCCUUCAUGUAAGCAGCACAUUUUAACUCUUAGGAAGCUGAACGUUGUGUUAUCACUAAUACUUUGUACAGGUCACCUGCCUACUCUAAUUGUCUUUAGUACUUGGACAGGCUUUAUCAAUUUUUUUAAUUUUAUUUAUACUUUGGCUUUAUCAUUAAAGAGUGUUCUCCUAGUCCCAGAA